GCUGCCAGCCAAUCCAUCGGAAUCAGCCCGGCAUGGAGGCAACAACGCGCCGCUCCCCCUACAGCUUCUCCGCCGUUUGCUGCCUCCUCGCUGGAACCUUCCUGCCGCUGCCAGGAGAUGGGCAGAAUUUAUCAUCAGCUCAAUCUGGCACUGUGUCGCACUUCGUGCUCCCUCACACGGAGGCUGGCGGCCUUGGCAACUGGACAAUUCCCCCUACUGCCAUAAGUGUGGAUGGCAAUGCCACCGUUGCUUCACAGUUAAAUGUCAGUAGCUCAGUCCUGCUUGAACCUCUGGCACCUACUGUACACGGCACCUUAAGCACCACAGCAAGACUACAGAACACAACGCAUGUUGCCAACAGUAGUGCUGACAUCCAUUCCCUUCCUGCUGCAACUACAAACUCGGUAGAAGUGAACCAGACCCGCCUGGAUGAUUCUGAACCCAUCAGUACCACAGCCUGGGUUAAUUCCAGUACAAAUGUUAUGGCUACAGAGCCCUCUCAGCCAAAGGAGGUACAAGGGCCGACAUCUCCUUCCCAGCCAACAGCUUCCACACUCAUCACCUCGGGGCCUACAGAAGGGAGACCAGAAACUAUGUCAGUGGCAAACCGCGAUGCUGUCACAGAGGGGAGCAGUGCCGAGUCCACCUUGGCUACAAAUGCAACUGAUACGGAUGGAAGAGUGCUCACAGCGAGUGCCUCUAGCACUACCAUAUUAACACCAGGCAUUGUCUCCUCCACACUCACAUCUCCCAGAGUCCCACCAGUGGAAACAGAGCAACCAGCUAACCACGUGCAGAAGAAGGCCUCUGCCACAGACGUGGGAGAUGGCGAAGACCUACCUAGUAUACCAGAAGCCAGCCCAAUAGGUGAGGACCCUCUGGUGAUUGCAGUCAUCUUCAUCUUCAUCGUGACAGUGGGGAUCCUGGCUCUUAUGGGGUUCUUGCGGUACCGACAGCGCAGUGGCCAGCUGCAGUUCCGGCGGCUCCAGGAUUUGCCUAUGGAUGACAUGAUGGAGGACACACCUCUUUCCCUCUAUGGCUACUAAGCAGUUGGAAGACAAUUUUCCUAUUGUGAUUCUGAUUCUGACCAGCCAAGGGAGGCAUAAAGGUUUCUGACCGGGAAGAGCAUCCUCUGCAAGAUGCUGUCCUGAUUUCCCAUGACUAUAAAGUUGUGAGUCAGCUGACUUAGUCUACAAAGAGACUUGUUUUUUCUUUCAUUUUUGGGAAUUGGCACCAGCCUGACCUAGUCCUUUCCCUUGUACCUUUGUCCUCCUUGUGCCUUGUGUUCAGAGCCAUACAGCUCUCGGGGAAAUGGACUUUCGUCCAGUGACCGCACUAACACUUGUUCACAUUGCCAAGGGAGGCCUUGCUUGGAUUUUGAAGAGCUGCACUGUGGGAUUCUUGCAGAAGAAGUGAAGCAGCUGUGGGGGCGAGUCAGCCCAGCGCAAAACCGCGGAGUAUGUUACAUGUGAAAGGCGAUGCAACCCAACUGUGAUUUGGAGGCCUAGUUGGCUCCUUCCUUGAGUUUUACAUAUAUACUUUUAAAUUGCACUUCUAUUUACACUUUUUAUCAAUCGGAUCCAAAGGUGUUCCAGAGGGUCUAGCAGGAAAACAGGGAGUAGUGACCCCAUAUUUGCCAGAAAAGCCCUGAUCCACCAGACCAAAAAUCCAUUCAGCCCAUCAUUCUGCUUCCCAUAUUGAUCAGUCACAAGCCUCCAGGAACCUUGCAAACAGGGUUUGAAGACAGUAACCCUGACCCAAAGUUGUUCCCUAGCAAAUGGUCUUCAAAGAUAUUGCAUAGCCUUAUUGCUGCGGAAGACGUGCUCUGGCCCCCCAAUUAUUGCUGUAUUUCAGGGGGAAUAAAAGCAGUUUUGAUUCAGACAACACUGUUUGGGGGAAGCAGUUUAUUUUUGGAGUUUCUCCAGAAAAUUCUGCCACUGUUCUUGGUACCAAGGUGUGGCACAGGAGAUGCCCAGCAAUUAUACCAGCCCAGUUGUGCCCAGACACUUGUCCAACAACAGCUCAGAUCAAUGGGACUCAUAUGUGUACUCAGUGCUGCCACUGGAAGCUGUAUCUAACUGUUGUAUCGCUUGCUUGCUUGUUUGUUAGAUUCAUAUUUAAAUAGUCCUGGCAACCGUCUUCAUGUGGACUCUUGGCAGUUACCUCCUGCUGUUUGCACAGAGCGUUCAUUCCCCACCUUGUCCUCUCCUGUUACUUCUUUACCUGCUAAUCCUAGAGGAAUUGCUUGUGCCUUGUUUGGAUGAAGAAAUCUAGAUUCGCCAACCCCUAACUUUGCUGCACAAUCCCAAAUUUUGUGCAACUUAUCUCCCAGACUAGUCCUAACCAAAGAUGGGGCAGACCAAUUAAGCUGCAGUGUCCCUUUUAUGUCUGCAUAGGAGUGUACCUUUUACUUCUUCAUUUAAAAUUCUCUUUAUUCCACCCUGUAUCCUCUUUUCUCCAGCUGUUUUCUGUUUCUCCCGUUCUGUUUCCCCUCACUUCCUCCACCUGACACCUCUCAUUUACAUCUUUAGCCUUCUGAAGGCUUUACCAGAACAUAUACCUUUGUGUUUGGACUGUUGAUUGUGGGUCUACAAAUAAAUUGGUUUUCCUCUAAA